AUGACCAAGUUGCCCCACCCAGGCUCAGCAGUUGUGGCGCACAGGCUUAGUCUCCCAAAAGAGGAAGAAGAGGAGGAAAUGGCAGCUUCUCAGGGAUGGUUGACAUUCCGGGAUGUGGCCAUAGACUUCACUCAAGAGGAGUGGGAAUGCCUGGACCUCGGUCAGCGGGAAUUGUACAGGGACGUGAUGGUAGAGAACUAUAGGAACCUGGCCUGCUUGGGUCUUAUGGUCUCUAAGCCAGAUUUGGUCACCUUUCUGGAGCAAAUGCAGGAUCUCAGGAAUAUAAGGAGAAUGGAGACAGUAGGCAUAUACCCAGCUAUGUCUCCUCAAGACACCCAGGAUUUGAUGCCAAAGAAACCAAGGGUAGAAGAUUUGAUCCCAAAAGCAAACCUAGGAAUAUAUGAAAGAUUUCACCUCAGAAACUUGCAAUUAAUGAAAGACUCAGAACAUACAAAGGCAUGUGAAAGACAGAGAGGAUGUUUAUAUGGACAUAAAAAAAUUGAGACAGUUACAGAUAAUGCAGACAUUACUGCAAAAAGAAAUGAGCUACAUGAGUCAAACUGGGGGAAACACCCAUUUCAGUCUUCAACAUCUGCUGAGAAGUGUAAGUUUUUCAGAAAAAAUUUACAUCGUUUUUUGAAACAUACUUUUUCUCUGAAAGGAAAUGUGGAAAAUCUGGAAGGUCCUCCAGUCUCUACUGUAAAUACUCAUUCAAACCGCUCUGAGCAUAGGCUUCAAUUAAACAUACAUUUAAAUAUGUCUGAAAACCAGAAAUUUAAAAAUGUUGGGGAAAACUCACAAUGUCAUCAGUUUGAGGGAUCUGUGAGCAGAAAGUCAUUAUUCUUCCACCAACAGAUAUUUUCUCUCUAUUCCAAGGUGUAUAAUGUUGAUGAUAAUGGAAGAGAUAUAAUCCAACCAUCAUUGUUCAAUACAUCCCAUGAUAUCGUUAAUACGGAAGAACUAUCCAUGUGUAAUAAAAUGAGUCAGACCUUAAGUAAGAGCUCCAGCUCCAAUAAUUACACAAUUAUUUACGAUGGAGUGAAGGUCUAUUCACGCAAUGAAACUGGGCAUAACUUUGAACACGACUCAAACUUUCUGGAACAUCAGGGAGCUCACUCUUCACACAAGGAUUGUAAAAGUAAUAAAUGUAGGAAUAUCUUUUAUCAAGCAUCAGGUCUUCCUCUAAAUAAGAGUAUUCAUAAUGGAGAGAAAACUUACAGUUGUAGUGAAUAUGGUAAAGUUUCUAAUCAGUCUUCAAAUCUUAUUCAACAGCAGAGGAUUCAGAAUCCGCAGAAACAAUACAAGUGUAAUAAGUGUGGGAAAGUCUUUAGUAACUCAUCUAAUAUAAGUAAACAUAGGAAAAUACAUUCAGGAAGGAAACCUUUCAAGUGUACAGAAUGUGCCAAAGCCUUUAAUCAGAGUUCAAAUCUUAGCCAGCAUCAACAAAUCCAUACUGGCAGGAAACCUUAUAAAUGUGCAAAGUGUGGCAAAGCCUUUAAUCAAAACUCAAAUCUUACUCGACACCAGCGAACUCAUACUGGAGAGAAACCUUAUAAAUGUAAGGAUUGUGGCAAAGCCUUUAGCCGGCGCUAUGGUCUUACUCAACACCAGCGAACUCAUACUGGAGAGCGACCUUAUAAAUGUAAAGAGUGUGGAAAAGCCUUCAAGAAAAACUCAAAUCUUACUCAACACCAGCGAAUUCAUACUGGAGUGAAACCUUAUAAAUGUGAGGAUUGUGGCAAAGCCUUUAGCCACCGCUAUGGUUUUACUCAACAUCAGUUAAUUCAUACUGGAGAGAAACUUUAUAAAUGUAAAGAAUGUGGAAAAGCCUUUAGUCAAUCCUCAACACUUACUAAACACCAGCGAAUUCAUACAGGAGAGAAACCUUAUAAAUGUAAAGAAUGUGGAAAUGCAUUUAAUAAAAGGUCAACUCUUACUAAACACCAGCGAAUUCAUACUGGAGAGAAGCCUUAUAAAUGUAACGAUUGUGGCAAAGCCUUUAGCCAGCGCUAUGGUUUUACUCAACAUCAGUUAAUUCAUACUGGAGAGAAACUUUAUAAAUGUAAAGAAUGUGGAAAAGCCUUUAGUCAAUCCUCAACACUUACCAAACACCAGCGAAUUCAUACAAGAGAGAAACCUUAUAAAUGUAAAGAAUGUGGAAAAACUUUUAAUCAAAAUUCAAAUUUUACUCAACAUCAGAGAAUUCAUACUGGAGAGAAACCUUAUAAAUGUAAAGAUUGUGGCAAAGCCUUUAGCCAGCGCUAUGGUUUUACUCAACAUCAGUUAAUUCAUACUGGAGAGAAACUUUAUAAAUGUAAAGAAUGUGGAAAAGCCUUUAGGGAUUCCUCAACUCUUACUAAACACCAGCGAAUUCAUACAGGAGAGAAACCUUAUAAAUGCAAAGAUUGUGGCAAAGCCUUUAGGCACAGCAGUCAUCUCGCUAUCAGGAAAGUUAUUCAUACUAAGGAGGAACACUGCAAGUGGAAUAAAUGUGGGAAAGCCUUUCCUCAAUUAUCAAAUCUAAACAGACACAGGAAAACCCACACUGGAGGGAAACCUAACCAAUACACAGAAUGUGGCAAAACCUUUAGCAAGCCCUCCAGUCUUACUCAACAUCUCACAGUUCAUACUGCAGAGAAGACUUGCAAGUGUACAGAAUGUGGCAAAGCCUUUACUCGCAGUUCAGACCUUAAACGACAUAGGCGAAUCCAUACUGGGGAAAAACCAUAUAAAUGUCAGAAUUGUGGGAAAGCCUUUAACCAAAGUACGGCACUUACUCGACAUCAACGAAUCCAUACUGGAGAGAAACCAUACAAGUGUAAAGAGUGUGGCAAAACUUUUAUCAGUCGCUCAAGACUUACUCAGCAUCAGAAAAGUCAUACUGGGGAGAAACUAUACAACUGUACAGAAUGUGGCAAAGCCUUUACCAGGUGUUCACAUGUUACUCAACAUCAGCUAAUUCAUACAGGAGAGAAGCCUUAUAAAUGUACAGACUGUGGCAAAGCCUUUACUCACAGUUCAGACCUUAAUCGACAUAGGCGAAUCCAUACUGGGGAAAAACCAUAUAAAUGUCAGAAUUGUGGGAAAGCCUUUAACCGAAGUACGACACUUAUUCGACAUCAGCGAAUCCAUACUGGAGAGAAACCACACAAGUGUAAAGAGUGUGGCAAAACUUUUAUCAGUUGCUCAAGACUUACUCAGCAUCAGAGAAGUCAUACUGGGGAGAAAUUAUACAACUGUACAGAAUGUGGCAAAGCCUUUAAUCAGACUUCAAACCUUAAUAAACAUAGGCGAAUUCAUACUGGGGAGAAACCAUACACAUAUGAAGAAUAUGACAAAGCUUUUAAUUGCUACUCAAACCUUACUCGUCAUAAAAUAAUUCAUAGCACCAAAUAA